CGCAGCCAGACUGGCGGUUUGGGUACCAGAUGGCCCUGGACAGCGGCAUGUUUCUUUCCGAGUGGGCGGCUGUGGCCGCCUCGGUCGUAAUCCUGUUGGCCGCCGCCGUCUCCUUCUUGGUGUUCCGCAACUAUCGGAAGUGGAAGGAGAUGGAGGACAUCCCAGAGGUCAGACCCUGGUAUCCGAUACUGGGCAACGCUCUGCUCCUGGAUAACACCGCCGAAGGUUUCCUUAAACAGAUAAUUCAGUAUUCGGAGGAAUUUCGCUAUGUACAAUUGCUAAAGUUUUGGAUAGGACCAUUACCUUAUAUAAUCUUAUAUCACCAAGACACCGUAGAGGUUAUCUUGCGUAGCUCAACAUUUAUCAAGAAGUCUUAUCUCUACCAAUUUCUUCAGCCUUGGCUAGGCACAGGACUUCUAACAAGCAGUGGGAAAAAAUGGCACUCCAGACGAAAAAUGUUAACACCAACCUUCCAUUUCACAAUCUUAGUAGAUUUCCUUGAAGUGAUGAAUGAACAUGCCGAUAUCCUCGUUCAAAAACUUGAAAAACACCUGGACAAAGAUCCAUUUGAUUGCAUUUCAUACAUUGUAUUAUGUACCCUUGAUAUAAUAUGUGAAACAGCUAUGGGUAAAAAUAUUGGUGCACAAAAGGACAAAAAUGCAGAGUACAUCAAAGCUGUCCACAGGAUGUCCGAUCUAAUUCAUCAUAGACAGAAGUCACCGUGGCUUUGGCCCAACCUUUUGUACAGUAUGUCCAGAGAGGGAAGGGAACAUUACAGGAACCUGAAGAUACUUCAUAGCUUUACAGAUAAAGUUAUUGAAGAAAAAGUUUGCGAAAUUAAGCAACAGGAGCAGCAUCAAAAUGGUGCCAGCAGCAAUGAGCAAAGAAAUAAGAAAGUGAGGAAAGCUUUCCUUGAUAUGCUUCUGGAUGCCAGGGAUGAAAAUGGGAAGAAGUUGGGCUACCUCGAUAUUCGAGAAGAAGUGGAUACAUUUAUGUUUGAGGGUCAUGAUACCACUGCUGCUGCCUUGAACUGGGCUAUUUACUUGCUUGCACGUCAUCCAGAAAUCCAAAGAAAAGUUCACAGUGAAUUGGAUGAAGUUUUUGGUAGUUCUGACCAUCACAUCACAAUGGAUGAUCUGAAGAAACUGCGAUAUCUGGAAUGUGUCAUUAAGGAAGUGCUUCGUCUUUUCCCUUCUGUUCCACUUAUUGGCCGUGUUCUAAACGAGGAUUGCUAUAUCAGAGGGUUUAAGAUACCAAAAGGGACUGAUGUCCUAAUCUUGACUUACACAUUGCACAGAGACCCUAACAAUUUCCCAGAGCCAGAGGAAUUCAGACCUGAGCGUUUUUUUCCUGAGAACUCAAUUGGACAACACCCAUAUUCUUAUGUCCCUUUUUCUGCUGGGCCCAGGAAUUGCAUUGGUCAACGCUUUGCUCUGCUAGAGACAAAGACAAUUCUAGCAACCAUAUUGCGACAUUUUUGGAUUGAAACUAAGCAGAAACGUGAAGAACUUGGCAUGGCUGGAGACUUGAUUCUUCGUUCAACCAAAGGCAUCUGGAUUCAGCUGAAAAAGAGGCCAACUCUUAGCUCUUAGUAUAAGAAACCACAGGAAUUGUGCAUCUAGAACAUUUCGUCAAUAAAAACUCUGCAUUUUGAUGGCUGGGCGAUCAGGAUGAUCUACAAUGAAGGAAGGAACUUCCUUUUAGAAAACAAUUAGAAUCAAAUAGUUUUUAUUGUGAUUGUUGACCAAUAUUCAAAUAGUUAACCAAAACAAAAUAAAAUACAGCACUUACUAUACAUUAGUAUAUACAUAAGGGUAUGUAAUGUAAAACAAAUUGCCAACCAUGCAGUGCUAAACCUGCUACUGCUAUGUUAGGUUAUCGGUUCUGUUCAUGCAGUUUCUCAUCAAAGGUUCAUGAUUGAGCUUAGCAGUCCUGCUAAUGGCCAUGUCCCAUUAUGGAUUGAUAAUUGGUUAAAAACAGAAAGCAAAGAGUAGGAAUAAAUGGGGAAUUUUCUCAA